AUGCGUCUGCGUGCUGCCUCGCGCUUAGCUUGGCGACCGUGCCUCCACCACCGCCGCCGCCGCCGCCGCCGCCAGACGGCCGCUUCGCGUCUGCAGCAAAAUCGAAGCCAUUUGGACACCGGCUCGUACGACGACGACGACGACGGACCCCCCUUUGGCCCCCCCGCCCCCUUCCGGGUGCCCCGUCCGCCCGGCUGCUUUGCCGGCGGCGGGACGCAGGCGGGCGCAGGCCGAUUCGCCGCGCGUGACGUCGACGCCGCUCCGGGGCCAAGAAUCGCAAACCCCGUAACUAAUUCGACAAAGCUCGCGGAUUUGUAUUACGGAGCACGGAGGAGUGCGUGCCAAGCAACGUACUACGUAUUUCCUGCAAUGUGCCUGCGACGCCUGGGCGGCUUUGAUCACCGGCGUGUUGUUGGGCACGCAACCCCCCUUUCGCAGGCCCACGGCGAUAAGGAGCUGUUGACGAUCGCGACUGCCGCGGGCCUCACACGCGGCCAACGUCCCAAAGGUGGUGCAUUUGUUACGCGGGCCCCGGCGGAACGGUUGGCCUCGCUGCCCAUCCCACGUCUCGAUGCUGCUGCAUGCAGGGAUCACCAACCGGGGGCCCAGGAUGGCAGCGCCAAGGGUUUGCUACGGAUUACGACAGGCACGCACACACGCGCAAACAUCUCAUCAUCGCAAGCAAGGAUGCGGCCCUCGUCUGGACCCGUGCUAAAAAGUCCCUGGCUGGGCGGCAGCAGCGGCGGCGGCGUCUUGUUCCGGGCGUCGCCUGCGCGGAUCCCCAUCGUCAGCCCAGGUCUUUUUACCCGUCAUCCCUGCCUUUGCCUCUGCCUGGCGCCCCCCGCCUCGUCUCGCGGCUUCGUUGCCGGCGCGGCGCCAAUCCUGCGGACGUCGCAUGUGCGUCUUUUCGUCGGUUGUGCCUGUUUGUUGGUCGGAGAUGGGGUGAUGAGCAAUCAUGCUGCCAUGGCGGAGGCAGAUAGGAGAUGCACGCACUCACGCCCGGACAAACGAAGGCUGUCUGUCAGCUCAAUCAGUACACACAAACGCCAACGCCAACGCCAGCGCCAGCGGGAGCCGCGCCGCCUGUCGGGUCGCCCGGUUCGUCGACUCUGCAGCAGCAUUCGGCAGUGCAUGGACCGCCCUGUCAUGCCCGGCCCGUGCACGGACGACCCUAGGCUGGGCUGGACCUGGGCUCGGCUGCCAUUGCAUUGCUAUCCCCUUCCGACCCAGGGGGGGUGCUUGGGGGUUGGUUGGUCCGCGACUCCAUGCGCCAGCCAUCACCGACCGCAUCAUGCCCUUUCCAGCGGGACAGACAGGGUGCCAUUUCCCGUCGCUGCCUGGCUGGCUCCGGGCCCGGCAAAGGGGGAGCGUCUGCCGGCAUGCGGUCGCAUGCAGAGUCCGCAUCGGGCCAUGUUUGCUUUCUACAGUGGCUCACGCGUCCGAUCCUUCUCGUGA